GUUUAGUUCUGGCUGGUUUUUUCGGUUCGGUGGUUUAUGCUAACCGAACAGCCAGGCGCACGAGUGAGUAACCGUUUUGCUUAGACAAAGCUGCUGUAAACUCAGUGAGCAGAGACCAACCAACCUCCUAUUACCUUUUCCCCCCAUCGCCGAUCUUAAGCUUAGCUCUCUUCCUUGGCCGUGCCUGGCGCCGUCGCCGGUGCUCGGAUUUUUCUGAUGUUCGAUUCCCGAACCGCAAAAUUAGAACUGCUCUUUGCUCCGGGAGGGAUCGGAGAAGUGGAACUUCCGUGCUUCAAUUGAGAGUUCGAAUCGAAAAUCAAAUCGGAGAGAGCAGAGCGACGACGGUUGGAAGAAGAUGCUCGGCGGUAGUGCGAGCAAAGGGGCAGGAAGCAGAGGAUCCAGCUCGGGUUAUGGAUCUAGGAUCCCGACUCUAUUGUUCUCGAUGUUUGCUACUUUCGCUUCCAUUUACGUCGCCGGCCGGUUAUGGCAGGAUUCGCAGCAUAGGGUUUAUUUGAUUAAAGAGCUCGACCGGAUUACUGGGCAGGGCCAAUCUGCCAUAUCAGUAGAAGAUACAUUGAAGAUCAUUGCUUGCAGGGAACAGCAGAAGAAGUUAUCAGCUCUAGAGAUGGAAUUGGGUUCGGCUAAGCAAGAGGGGUUCACUGCUGAUUCUUUAGCUGAAAAUGAUGCUACUCGGCCAAAGAAACGACAGCUCGUAGUGUUAGGAAUCAUGACAGUAUUCAACCAUAAGAAUAACCGUGAUGCAGUUCGAAAAGCUUGGAUGGGAAGUGGUGCAACUUUGAAGAAAAUGGAGAUGGACAAAGGUAUAACCGCACGGUUUGUAAUUGGACGAAGGUAUCUUGUGUUUGUUUGUGUGUUUUGCCUCAUGUUUCUGAUGCAGAUGGAACUUCGCCAAGGUGAUCAUCUUGUUCUUCUCUCUUGCAGUGCAAAGCGUGGAGACACCCUGGACAGAACCAUCGACAGUGAAAAUAAGCAGACUGAUGACUUCAUAAUUCUUGAUGAUCAUGUGGAGUCUACUGAUGGACUAUCGAAGAAGGCUAAAUUGUUUUUCGCCCAUGCUAUACAUAAAUGGGAUGCAGAGUAUUACGGAAAAGUGAAUGACAAUAUCUAUGUCAAUAUUGAUGCGCUGGGAGCUACUUUAGCAACCUAUUUGAACAAACCCCGUGCCUACAUUGGUUGCAUGAAAUCCGGUGAAGUUUUCUCUGAACGGAAUCACAAAUGGUAUGAACCAGAUUGGUGGAAAUUUGGCGAUAGGAAAUCGUACUUCCGCCAUGCUUCUGGUGAGAUGUAUGUCAUGUCACGAGCUCUGGCUAAGUUCAUAUCCAUCAACAGAUCUGUCCUCCGCUCUUAUGCGCAUGAUGAUGUCAGUACCGGAUCCUGGUUUAUUGGGCUUGAUGUCCAGCAUGUUGAUGAAGCGAAGUUCUGCUGCUCAUCUUGGUCUUCAGGAGCUAUUUGUGCAGGAGUCUAAUUCAAGCUUAUUUCGAGUACAUAGAAGCAGAUGGAAGAAGAAACAGUAAAACAACUAUGAUACUGACAGAUGACUGGUCUUCAAUACAGUUGCUUUACCCUUUGAAGUUAUGGUGAUUUCAUACCCCAAGUUUGACCUCGCCUAUCGAUAUAUAUACAGACUUCGAAAUCGAAAAGUGAGAUAGCAGCGUCGAGAGCGUGUUGUAUUUUCCUCGUUGAACUGCUUUGAGUGACCUAUAGUUGUUAGAUGUUGCUGUAGUUCUUUGAUUGUAUGACACAGAUUAUAAGUUAGCAACAAACUUCGAUAUUGUGUUGGCUAUCAAAGCUAAGAGUGAUCUAUAGUUGUAAGGUGUUGGUUGAUGUAGUUCAUUAAAUCCAUACCCUUCCCGUCUUUGUGUAGUGAAGGUUUGCAUCCCCAUUCCUACAGUUUUCUAAUGUCA